AUGCCUUUGGCAUACGCCAAUGGCACCGUAAACGGCAUGCCUGUGCCAAUUAUCGAAACGAGCAACAUUAUAAAACGUCCUGAAGGGGGCUGUUCGCUUCAGGUCGGAGAAGGUUGGUACCAAGCUGUCGCGUCCUGUUAUUCUUCUGAGCCUAACCAACUGAUCACCGAAUGUAUAGGAACUUAUAUUCUUAGGGAUGAUCUGCUCCUCGCGACUCCACCGCCUCAUCCAUCCGAAGCUCCUGUUGUUAGCACAAACCCAUUGGCUACGAUUCCCCACCCUCCAACAUCUGGCGUUAAGCUAUCAUUAGUCGUUGUCCAACCUCGCAAAACUAUGCCUCAACUUUACAAAGUAAAGACGUCUCUGAGUGGGACGUCAGACCUUCAGAGCAUCAGGGAAAGCGAUAAUGAAGUCCGGCCAACAUCUAAUACAUCGGAGGCUUGUGGAUCGGUACCUGCGUUUGGAGAGGGAAGCCUCGCACUCGCGACGAAUAUAGGCAAGGAGGGACCUGGCUUAAAGCGGCGUAAACCCAAGAACAAUAUCCUCAAAAGUAGUUCAACUUUCGUUUCUCGUGUUAUUACUCACGAUACGGCAGCGAAGAGACUGGCAGAGAGAAGCCCAGAUGGCAUCUAUGCAUUCGCAAAUAUAAAUCGUGCUUUUCAAUGGCUGGACUUGAGCUCCAGAAUAAAGCAGGAACCUCUUACCAAGAUCCUUUUCACAAAGGCGCACAUGCUUUGCCACGAUGUGAACGAGUUGACGAAAAGCACAACACACUUGGAUGUGAUUAUGGGCUCUUCUGUGGGGGAUAUCAUGUGGUAUGAGCCACUUCAGCAAAAGUAUGCUCGCAUCAACAAGAAUGGCGUCAUCAAUAAUUCUCCAGUAAUCCAGAUCCGAUGGAUUCCUGGCUCAGAACACCUGUUUCUGGCAGCCCAUGCAGAUGGCACCCUUAUUGUCUAUGAUAAGGAGAAGGAAGAUGCUCCAUUUGUCCCUGAAUCUACAGAUAUUAGUCCCCCUAAAGCUGCCGAUGAGAAAAAACCCCAUAAUUCAAGUCAACCAUUGAUCAUUUUAAAGUCUGUCAAUUCGAAGAACCAGAAAACCAAUCCGGUUGCCUGCUGGAAGCCGUCGAACCACCGCAUCAAUAAUAUUGCUUUUUCCCCCGAUAGUAGGCAUCUGGCCGUCGUUUUGGAGGAUGGAUCACUCCGGAUAAUUGAUUAUUUAAAAGAACAAGUCCUUGACACGUUCACGAGUUACUAUGGAGGAAUGCUCUGCGUUUGCUGGUCUCCAGACGGCAAGUAUAUUUUAACCGGAGGCCAAGAUGACCUUGUCUCCAUUUGGUCACUCCCUGAACGCAAAAUUGUCGCCCGCUGUCAGGGCCACCACUCCUGGGUCUCCUACGUGGCUUUCGAUCCUUGGCGAUGUGAUGAACGGACUUACAGGUUCGGCAGCGUUGGAGAUGACUGCCGACUGCUCCUCUGGGAUUUCAGUGUUGCGAUGCUCCAUAGGCCAAAGGCGGAGACGGAGGAUAUGCCUACUUUCCACCCGGUUGAGCCUAGAGCGAGGACUGCACAACUACCUCCAAUAAUGUCCAAGGUAAUUGGUGAAGAUCCCAUUUGUUGGCUAGGAUUUCUUGAGGAUUGCAUUAUCACCUCUUCACUUGAAGGCCACAUCCGUACCUGGGAUCGACCGCGAGAAAGCGUGAGUGAAGGCGUUCCUAAUACGACAGUCUCUGGUUCAGAACAGGCAGGUGGCGCGGGGGACAUUGCUCGGCCAGGAUCGUACGAUUCUCACGGCGGCUAG